AUGGAGCUCAAAUCAGCUCCAACAUAUUACGAAACAAAACGUCUACAACUGGACUAUAUCACCAAUCCAUUAAAGAACUCGUAUAAUGAGUUGAUUGGAAUCACUGGUACAACAGAGUCGCCGGAUACUGGCAUAUUGACUCAUAAGUCCAUCCUCCAGUUGAAUGCCGCCUGCAAGACUUUGAAAAGAACGAGAGAUGAGCUUGCUUCAUACAACCAUUUUGACUCUCCAGAGAUUCAGGAAAAAAUUGGAAGAAGAGAGAGGGAAAUGAGACUUGCAGUUUCCAAAAUCUUUGAUGAUCUAGAUCAUGCACAGCAAAGAAUAGACAGUGGCAGCAAAUGGUAUACAAGAAAGAAUGAACAGGUGGAACAAUUAGAGUCGUCAAUAGAGGAAAAAGAACGCGAGAUUUCAGAAUUUCGGAAUACCCUCGAUUCAAAAGAGAAAAAGUCAUACGUACUGAAUCAAGUGAAGAUAUGGGAGCUAGAAAAACAGAUUAAGCAGUUCAUUUCACGAAUUAAAUCGAAAGAUGACGAAAGAAACUUCACUAAUAAGGAGUAG